AUGUCCUUUCCUACUGAUUUAAGCACAAUCAAUCAUGAUAUACACGAGUUAUUUAUUCAGUUAAUGAAUGCUUUGGCUCCAAUGGAUAAACCAGGACCAAUGGGUGGUCGAUGUGAAUUAGAGACUAAUCAAAUGGAAAUAUUCUUAAAAGAAAACUUUGAUUUUGAGAAUAUUCCUAGUGAAUAUAUUGUUCAAGGAGUGAGAUCAUUUCGGGUUGGUCGACUACCAUCACUACAAUCUCUAGAUAAAGAUUUAGUAAUUAAUUUUCCAUCUGAAACAUAUGAAAAUCCAUUUAAAAUGACUAUCGGUGAAAUUCAAAAGUGGCAACAAUCAUAUGUUGUUUAUGCUGCUCAAGAUAAUGAUUUAUCCAUCGAUAAGGAAUUUCUUAAACGAGCUCUACAAGGUCAAAGUAAAGAUGGAGAUGAAGCAUUUCGCAUGAAAUUUGUAACUCGAAUUAGUACAUGUCCGAUUUUAAUGGAAUUUGAUGCUCAAGUCAUUUCACGAAAAUUAGAAGAAGAUUGGCCUAAUAGAAUUAAACUUGUAUCUGUUACUGGUAUUGAUUUUGCUGGACGAAAACAUGAUAUUCAAGAUAUCUAUACGUAUUUGACUAACUGGAGCAAUGUUUAUGCUCUCGAUCCUCACACAAACCAACCUUUAGUAUAUGGUGGACGAGAUUUUUGUCCUAACAGAAAUGUUCGUGGUCUACUCAACACUGACCGUUUAUCUUAUGAUCUGAUUCGUAUGGCUCGUUUACGACUUCGUGCAUGUGAUUAUGAGGGUGUACAAAUUGUUGUUGAAACAGGCAUUGGAUUGGGUGUCUUUGCUGGUAGACAAAUUGGAAUUGAUGAUCAAACACGUUCAUUUACAGCUCGAGCCAUCAAAAAAGUACUUGAAGAAGAUGGUUCUAAGUAUUCAAAUAUAAGAGCAGUUGUGUUUGCUUUGCCUAUUUUCGAAAUUGAUGAAUCAACAUCAACAUACAAUUAUUUUAUUAAUAUCUUUGAAAAUGAAUAUUCUGGAUCGAUACCUGUUUUGAUCGUUGAUCAAGAUAUGCAUCGUUUAACAGUGGCUAUUGCUAAAAAAGGUUUUUUCGUCUCGGAACUCAAUCCAGCCGAUUCACAUGGAGUUUUUGGUGAGUAUUGGCAAAAUCGAGGACCGGCUGUGGAAGAAAAAUUAGCGUUAACAACAGUUGGACUAUUGGUACAACAUCAUAUUUUCAAUGACAAACAUGUAUUGAAUGAUAAUAACUACAAAUUUAUUUCUAUGGGCGACAAUCUCCCUGUGCACACAGGAAUAUCGACACCUUCAUCAUUUUUGAAUGCUGGAUAUCUAUUACAAGCUUUGCAACAAAGAUUAGGUUGGAUAGGAACGUGGAUUAUAUGGAUUUUCCUGUGUCCAUUUAACAGAAAACGUGAUGAUGAUCACAUUGUAUAA